AUGGCGAAGAAGCGUCGUCCUUGGUCAGCCGACGCCGCGGAGCGGGCCGCGGCGGAGGCCGUGGAGCCGGAGGCCGCGGGGGGGGGCGCGCGGAGUAGGAGGAGGGGGCGCAGGAGGGCUGCCGCCGCCGAGGGCCCAGACGGCCCCGAGGCCGCCGAGGCCGCCGAGGCCUCACAGGGCGGCGGCGGCGAGGGGCCCGCGGGCGCGGCCAGCGACGAUGCUGCGGAGGUCGCCGCGCACGCGGACGGUGUGCAGGAGGACGCCGGGGUGAAGGCCCGCAGGAAUCCAAGAAGAGGAGGCCCCGGGGGGCGGACGGUUGCGCGGGCGCGGGCGGCGCGGAGGGCGCCGCGGGGAGCGGCCAGCUGUGCUGGGCACACCCGGAUGACGAGGCCGUCGCGCAGGAGGGUUUGGCCACCGACGGCGCCGCCGCCAGCAGUGCGGCGCAGGAGCUGCCCGCCGCCAGCUGCGCCAGCGCCAGCGACGCCGCGCAGGGGGGGGGGCCCGCCGCCGGCGACGCCGCCGGCAGCGGUGCCGCCGGAGUGCGGCCGCCCUGUGCCACCGCCGUCGGCGAGGCAUCCCUGGCGUGCGGCUCCGAGCAGCCCGCCAGCGCCGAGCAGGCGGUGCCCGCCGGGGAGCAUUUGGGCCCCGACGAGGCGGCCGAGGGCGGCUGCGAGGGAGCCACGGAGAGGAAGAAGAGGAGGCUCAAGAAGCGGGCAAGGGACUGCGACCCGCCGGCCCCGCCGCCCGCGGGCCCAGAGGCCAGCGGCGGCGAGGCGGGGGACGCCGGGGGCACGGAGCCGCCGCGGGAGGAGGACGAGCACGACGCCGCCGCCGCCCCGAGGAGGAAGCGGAAGAAGAGGGCACGCCCCGAUCUUCCGCAGCCCGACAGCCUUCCCCAGAGCCUCGGCCCCGCCGGCCCGCCAGACGCCGCCGAGCCCGCGGCCGGAGGCGAGGAGCAGGAGGCGGCCGAGGCGCAGCCGCCGAGGCGGAAGAAGAAGGCCAAGAGGAAGCGGGAGGGCGACGGGGAAGCCGACGGCGGCGCGCAGGCGGAGGGUGCCGGCGCCGAGGAGGAGGCGGCGGCCGCCGAGGUGUCGGCGCCGCCCUGUCUGA